UUGUGGAAACAUUCAGGUACUGCAGCUGGUCGGCUGCCUCCUGUUACCGGCGGUCCUCCUGCUCCUCCUCCCCCACCGCCUCCACCUGGAGGUGCUCGCGUCACAGGGGGUCCUCCACCGCCACCACCACCUCCUCCAGGAUUGGCAGGACCUGCUCCUCCUCCACCACCGCCAAAUCUUCUUCGUGGUGGUGCUGGUGGACCUCCUCCUCCUCCCCCACCUUUCGGUGGCAAAGGUCCUACUUUAAGUAGCUCCGCACCAACCAUUCCUGACUUCCUUCCUGCCAAAAAGAAACGGGUCGUUGAUGUGCCACUGCGAAAGUUUCCGUGGACCAGUAGUACGGAAGAGAACUUGGCUAGCGAUGCUUUGUUGAAUCAGCUCAAGGAAAAAUUUGCUACUACAAAACCUGGUACGAGGUCUCUUGAUACACUACAAGGCGGAAAGUCUGCGAAAAAAGUGAAGCAUGCUCAAAUUGUGAAGGAUGAGAAGACCCUUCAGGCCCUUGGUUUGUGGAAAUUGUUCAUCAUCUAA